UGAGAUAUUUGUGGGAGUGCUUCAUGGGUCAGAAGGAGUUGCAAAGCAGCGUCAGCUUGAAAGGGGUGGAGGAGGAAGAAAGAGAAGGAAAGGGAAGCUACAGGUUGAGCCGGAAUGAUGCUCCCCAUUGAAGCCUGCAAAUGACAAGGGCACAGGCUUCACCUACCCAGGUUGUAAACAAGUUUUCCCGCUCUUCCCUGGGAUUUUUGUUGAUUCGGAUUUCUCCUGGUCCCUGCAUUUCCUGGCAAAAGUAACUUAUUCCCAGGAGAUGGCUGUGCAGUACGUCCAAUAUAAGGGGAUAAAGUUUCCCCCAGGAUACAAUUCUGUGGACAGCCUUUGCUUUGCUGAGAAUGAAUUUCAAGUGCGAGAUGAUGACAUCUUCAACGUCACUUACCCUAAGUCUGGGACGGUAUGGAUGAUUGAGAUUCUGAGCUUGAUCCUCAACGAUGGAAACCCAACUUGGAAUCAAGGUGUCCUCAAUUCCCUUCGUGCUCCUUGGUUCACCACUCAGCUGGGUCUGGAGACAGCACACAACCUCCCAUCUCCACGUCUGCUUACCUGCCAUCUUCCCAUUCAGAUCUUUCCCAAAGCCUUCUUCAGUUCCAAAGCAAAGGUGGUAUACACAUUGAGGGACCCGCGGGAUGUGCUAGUUUCCUACUAUCAUUUCUCCAAGAUGUGCAUCCCCUUUGGAGAUCCCAAGUCUUUUAACCAUUUCCUGGAGAGAUUUUUGGAAGGGGAUGUGCCUUUUGGAUCCUGGUUUGACCACAUCAGUGGGUGGAUGAAGCUGAAGGGCAAGAGUAACAUCUUCUUCAUUAGCUAUGAACAGCUGCAAGAGGACCUCUAUGGCAGCAUCAAGCAUCUCUCAAAAUUUCUAGGAAAGGAGCUAGAUGAGGCAGCCAUCACCUCCAUAGUGGACCAUGCCUCCUUUGAAGCCAUGAGGAAGAACAACAUGUGUAACUCCACAAUGCUUCCCAAGGAGGUUAUGGAUCAAGAGAAGGGGAGCUUCCUGAGGAAAGGAAUCUGUGGAGACUGGAAGACUCAUUUCACCGUGGCACAAUCUGAACACUUUAACAGGGUUUACCAGGAGAAGAUGCAAGGCCUGAUGGAAACCUUUCCUUGGGAACAUACUGGAGAUUGAUUUAGGAGAAGAGCUUACUUUCUGAACUGAAAAAUGUUGGUGCUGCUGGUGCUGCUCACAACUGCAUUGAUAUUAUACCUAUGAUCACUUUUCUAUCAUCCUGCAUACACGAAAGCCUGCUGCAGUUAGAUGUCAGAAAAAAGGAAUUUUUGCACAUGCUCAGUGUGGAAUAUGAAAAUACAUUUUGCUACAGAACA